GCGGGUUGGGGGCCACUGUGUAGCGUUGGCCAGCGUGGCGUGCGAGCCAAUUCGGCCGGCCCACUGCUCCCAAACGUUUACCUUUCACUAAUCACUAGCCACUAGCUCUCUUGCCUCCACGGCCCCGAGACCUCUCACUCCCCCGUAAUGGCCAAGCAACGACGGAGCAGCGCCGGCGCCGGUAACGUCGCCUCUGACGCCGUCCGGCCGAAGCCGGAGCGGACACGGAAGAGCGAGCCGCGGGGGCGCCCCUCCCAACGCACCUCCGCGUACCGCGGCGUCACACGACACCGGUGGACGGGGCGGUUCGAGGCGCACCUGUGGGACAAGAACACCUGGACCGAGCCGCAGAGGAAAAAGAAAGGGAGGCAAGUUUAUCUCGGAGCGUACGGCGGCGAGGAAGCGGCGGCGCGCGCCUACGACCUGGCGGCACUCAAGUACUGGGGCCGCGGCACCGUCCUCAACUUCUCGCUGUCUAGCUACGACCAAGAGUUGAAAGAAAUGGAGGAGCAGUCAAGGGAGGAGUACAUCGGCUCGCUCCGGAGGAAAAGCACUGGUUUCUCAAGAGGGGUGUCCAAGUACAGAGGCGUCGCAAGGCAUCACCACAACGGCAAAUGGGAGGCCAGGAUUGGGCGUGUGUUUGGCAACAAGUAUCUCUACCUAGGCACCUACGCAACGCAGGAGGAGGCAGCAAUGGCAUACGACCUCGCUGUGAUCGAGCAUCGCGGCCUCAACGCCGUUACCAACUUCGACGUCAGUCGCUAUAUCAAGUGGCACCACCAUCGCCACAACCAUGCCAACGACACAGACCAACUUCCCGUCCGCACGAGCCAACCCCCCACCAUUGAUCUCAAUGUCACCGCCCUCCGUGAUAACGAUCGAUUGCAACAACCACAGGUGGAAGAAGGUAGUGGUGCCGAAGAGUGAAACUUUCAGAAGGAUUGUAGCAAAUAAUCCAU